AUGGAUACAGUUAACCUAAUUUUCAUCAGGAAUUUAAAAAUUAAUUUCCGUCGUUAUUUGUUUAUGGUGUUUAUUACUUUAUUUGUGCAAUCAUUUUUUAUAUUGGAUAUGAUUCUUUUUCUUAUUCCAUAUUCUAAUGGAGGCAUUAAAUAUUUUGAUAAUUUUGACAAAACUUGGCCAUUUAUUCAAUUUAAAAUGGAAACGUUAAAUGCUUUAUCACUUUCACCUAUUGCAUUAAAUGAAAUAUCUGCAUAUUUAAUAAUAUUUAUUUGUGGAUUCAAGAUGGUUAGAUAUGUCAAUUUAAACACUAAUUUUGAUGGAAAUUUAAAAAGAUUGAAUAAACUUUUAACAAAAGUUUUGAUUAUUUUGGUAGGAUUUAAUUUUGUUGAAAAUUGGAAUUAA